CUUCGGUGGCUUCACUUCUAGUGAUUUCGGACUCGUUGUUUCUUUUGUUUCGUGUGGGAUCUGACCACUUUCACGAUCUGGUAGCCUGACGUCAGAGGAAUACAUUCCUAUAAAAAGGCGUCAAGAGGAAUUAGUUCAUUCAUAAAGAGAGCGGCGCAACUGAGGAGGAGCAGACAGGCGCUACUACAGCACAGUAUUUUUUUGAGUAGCUGUUCAUUGACAAACGGGAAACUGGAUUCAAGGGGAGACAAAUCGUGGCUCAUCAACGACUGGGAGGACAUGUACCAGGGAUUCUCAGGCGACUUUGACUCGGCUUCUCGCUGUAGUUCUUCCCCUUCGGAGCCUCAGUACCUGUCAUCCGUGGAUUCCUUCAGCCAGAGUAUUGGCAGCCCCACCACUGCAGCCCAGGAGUGUACUACAGGCGUUGGGGAGAUGCCAGGAUCCUUUGUACCAACUCUGACUGCCAUCACCACCAGCCAGGAUCUACAGUGGAUGGUUCAGCCGACUGUCAUUUCCUCGGUGGCCCAGACUCAGUCUCACAUUCCCCCUAUGGCCCAAACCUCCAUGGAUCCAUAUAACCUCCCGGGGACCAGCUAUUCCACUCCAGCCAUGUGCUCCUACAGCACUGGAGAGCCAUCGAAACCCACCCGGGCCAGCCGCUCUCGGAGGGCACGCGAUGAAACGCUCACUGCCGAGGAGGAGGAAAAACGCCGCGUUCGCCGGGAGAGAAACAAACUGGCUGCCGCCAAAUGUCGGAAUCGUCGCCGGGAACUGACCGACCGCCUCCAGACCGAGACCGACCAGUUGGAGGAAGAGAAAGCCGAGCUUCAAUCUCAGAUCGCCGAGCUUCACAAAGAGAAAGAGCGACUGGAGUUCGUGCUGGUGGCGCACAAGCCAGCCUGCAAGAUCCCGUUCCAGGACCCCGUCAGUCCGCAGCCCAGCGCCGCCGCUGCCGAGGAAUUUUGCCCUCAUCGGACGCCUCCCGUCUGGGUUCCCAUGAAGAGUCCCGGGACCGUACAGCGAUGUGUGGGUUCGGCUCUCCGCCGCGUUCCGCUGCCGUUACUGCUUCUGUCAGUUUGUCAGCUAUCCAGCCAGGCUCCGGGAGUGGUCCCGUUUGAGGAGGUCUGGAACCGCAGUUAUUGCCGGACCAUUGAGGUGCUGGUGGAUGUCGUACGGGAGUAUCCGAGUCAGUCAGAGUACAUCUUCAAACCCUCCUGUGUCCCUCUCCUGCGGUGUGCCGGCUGCUGUGGGGAUGAGAAGCUUCGCUGUACAGCCCGAGAAAUGUACAACGUGACGAUACAGGUCAUUAAGUUAAAACCUUUGGAGCAUGUAACCAAACAAGAGGAGAUGAUCUUCACGGAACACAGUAGUUGUGAAUGCCGACCACGGCGGAAGCGAUUGAAAGGCGACAGGUACAGGAAUUCUGUUACCAGUUCAACAAACUUGUACCACUCAGGGAAAACCCUUCAGACCAGAAGCUUCCUCUCCCUUGUACUUCACAGGCGUUCUUUUCUCUUUCAGAAGUGGCAAGAGGAAAGGCCACAGGAGGAGGACCAAGCUGGAAGAUGAGCCAGAACUCAACCAAUGCCCCAUCAUGAGGAAGAAACAGCCCCAGACAGCCUGAGGAGAAGAGGAUGACAGUGGCCCCUGGGCCCAGGGGGACUGCGAUUAUUGUCUGAGCCAUGGAGAGAUGUUGAGAAGAAGUCUCAGCAUUAAUGAACAAUUGGUGACAGAUUCCUUGUGCUGCUACGACAGAGAAAGGAAGGGGAUUAAACCUUGUCCUUUCUGAUGUGACUAUAUUUGAUGAACAGGAGCCCCUUCACUGAGAAGGUGGGAGGGGCUGGUGGCAGAGAAGUGGACAGUAAGGACAGGUCCCUUUGACAACUUUCAACUCAUCCCAGAACUACUUCCUUCUGCCAAACUGAGAGUAUCUCUUCAUUGGAGAGAGUUGCUAUCAACAAUGCAUGUGUGCUGUUGAGUUCACAGGCAGCAUUCCUUAUAUUUAAAUUACAGUCAAACAUUCGAGUGCUGCAUUUGAAGAAGUUUGUGUCUGAGUCUGUUUUUAAAUUCCUAUCAGUUUUAAUUCCAAUUAAACAGUGAAGAUGACUUCUCCUUUGUAGACUGCUCAGCAUGGUUUUUACAGACAAUGAUGCAUCUUGAACAGCACAGGGCAAUUACCUUUUGCCAAAUAGUGGAGGCACAAUGGCGUAUCUGAUAGAGCUGUUUUUUCAUAGCGCAGCUGACCUGGGUUUGAUCCUGACCCCGGGCACUAGCUGGAAAAUCUCUGUAUCUACACAGAUUUCCCCCAGGUGCUCUAGUUUCUUCCCACAUCCCAAAGGCGUAGGUUGUUAGGUUAAUUGGCCACUGUAAAAUGUCUCUAGUGUGUAGGUCAGUGGUAGAAUCUGGAAGGAGUUGAUUGGAAUAUGGAGAGAAUAGUAUGAGUGGAAAUGGGGGCUUCUUGUUGGCAUAGAUUGGAUAGACUGAAGGGCCUGUUUCCAUACUAUACGGCUCUAUGGGUCUCUAUUAAUCAUUUUUUAAUUAAGGGUAACAGCCUGUGCUACCCAAUUGCACCCAUGUGACUAAUUAACCCAUAUGUUUGGGGGUAAAAUGGAGAACUGGCAGGAAUCCAUGGGAUCAUGGGGAGAGCGUACAAUCUCCUUAUAAACAGCAGUGGGAAUUGCACUAAGCCACCGUGCCACCCUAAAAUCUUGAGUAAUACUGGGGGAAGAUGACGUAUGGUGGGACAGUGGUUCACUGGCUACUGUAUAUUGCAGAUGGGUGGCAGGAGAACCAAGAUGCAGGUUGGUGGGCAUAUGUGAGGGAAUGGGCUGUAAAGAAAUUGGAUUGUUGUGAGAAACCAGCAUUCUCUAGAUGGGCCAAAGAUCCAGAAGGAAAUGUAAGUGGAGAGACAGGGUUAGCAUUCUAGGUCUCCUCCUGUGUUAUAAGAAAAUAUGAGAAAUGUGAGGAGCCAGGAGACAGUCUAGUCUUAUCAUUCCAAACACCUAAUCCAGGCUGGUGUGUAGUGAUCCCUGCUGUUGUUUGAUUCUGCAAAACAGUGUAACACCUGCCAUCCAUACAGUCUUUGUUUCCUGCUCUAACUAGCAUGAAGGAAUUCUCUAACUAAUGGACAUAGUUCUACAUCUGUACCCAUCAGAUUUGCUGUUUUAUGUUUAUGUAGACUGAAUCCAGUCCUGCGUGUACUUGUGCGGCAAUGUUUGAUCUUACUUUACUGACCGUAUCUCAUUCCUGUUCAAACCAUGGCACAGAGAUAGGAAUCAUACAUUCAGAUCUAGGUCUAGAUUGGAAUGCAACAAUAACCUGCAUUGAAGAGGACAUGAUAUCACAAAGCAUUUUACAGGACUGUUUCUAAACAAGGUUUGAGGCCAAAUCACAUAACGAGACAACAGGAUACAAGACUAACAGUAUUAACCAGAACAUUGGAGGAAGAUGGGCAGCUGAGCCGACUUGAUAAAGGUGUACAAGAUGAAGAUUAAAAAUGAGAUCAGGGACCAUGGCAGAAUUUAAAAAGGAGGGUGAAAAUCAAAUUGCUAUUUAACCAGGAUCUCAGAAUGUUAUCAAGCAGAUGGGUGAUGGUUGAGCAGUAGCUGAUACACAGAGAAAGAGUGAGAAAGGAUGGCCGGAUUAAUGAAUACAGAACAUAUGUUGCAGGCCCUUCGGCCCACAAUGUUGUGGCAACCUUUUAAACUACUCAAAGAUCAAUCUAACCCUUCCCUCCAUUUUACUUUCAUCAAUGUGCAUAUCUAAGAGUCUUUUAAACGUUCCUGAUGGAUCCCCCUCUACCACCAGUCUGUGUAAAAAAAAACACACACGAAAAAAAACUCCCUCUUAAGUUUCCAACCCACCUCCCAAUCACUUUAAAAUUAUGCCCGCUCGUAUUAGUCAUCUCCAUCCGGAAAAAAUCUCUGGCAGCAAAUAUGGCAAAUGUACUUAUUACAAUCCAUCACACAUCUUGAAGUACAAGUGCUGUAAACCUGUGGAACUUUAUAGAGACACUGCAAGGAAGGUGAUAUUGUAAGGAAGGAUAGGGGAAGUGCAUUUGUUAGUGAUGUAGGAGUUUUGAACUGGAACUCCAUAACUAACCUACUCUGCCUCUCCCUCAUUGUUAAAACCUACUCUUUAACCAACCUCCUAAUCUGGCUCAGUAUUGGACCUCAUUAGAAGCAACUUAGGGUUAAUUUUAAAAUUUCUUAAAGUAGGGAUUGCACAGUGGAGCAGCAGUUAAUGACCUCCAGUGCUGUCUAUGUGAAGUUUGCAUUUUCUCCCUGUGAAUAAAACAUAGCCUCCUUCUUCUCUUUCUCCCAUGGUCCACUCUCCUCUCCUAUCAGAUUCCUUCUUUUCCAGUCCUUUGCCUUUCCCACUGACCUGGCUUCACCUAUCACCUUCUAGCCAGCCUCCUUUCCCUCCCCCCACCACCUUUUUAUUUUGGCAUCUACCCCCUUCCUUUCCCACCCUGAUGAAGUAUCUUGGCCUGAAAUGUCAACAAUUUAUUCAUUUCCACAGAUGCUGCCUGACCUGCUACAUUCCUCCAGCAUUUUGUGUUAUGUUGCUCUGGAUUUCAAGCAUCUGCAGAAUUCCUUGUGUUUAUAGAACUUUACAGUUCAGUACAGGCCUGUUGGCCCACAAUGUUGUGCCAAUCUUUUAACCUAUUCUGAAAUAAGUUUAACUCUUCCCUCACACAUAGCCCUCCAUUUUUCUAUCAUUCAUGUGACUAUCUAACAGUUUCUUAAAUGCCCCUAACGUAUCUGCCUCUACCACCAACCCCAGCAGUGUGUUCCAUGCAACCACCACUCCCUGGUUUUCUGGUUUCCUUCCAUAUCCCAAAGAUAUGCAGUUUGACUAGUUAAUUCUCUGCUGUAAGUUACCCCUAGUGUAGGUGGAUGGUGAAGGAAUUGAUCAGCAUGUGAGAGACAGGGUAAUAGAAUGGGGAAUGGGGCUGAGGGGAUUUGCUGUGACAGCUGUCAUUGACUUGAUGGCCUCUAGGUUGAGGAAUUUUGAAAACGUGAGAAAUAAAAACUGAACCAAUGUGAGUUAUGGGAUCUGACUGGAAAUCAGGGCCAUGCCUACCUAUAUAAUAUUGAGUUGCAAACAAUAUGCUGGAGAAACUCGAGACUUGAGCAACUACUGUUAGGGGAAAGUAAUCAUCAAUGUUUCAGCUUGAAACUUGUGGCCCAAAAUGAGCUCCAACAUGUUACUUGUUGCUCCAGAUUCCAGCAUCUGCAGUCUCUCUUGUCUGUUGUGGAAUAGUCAGUUGCUUAUCCUGUUUAGACAAAAAGGCAAGACACUGCAAAAUGUACCAGAGGGGGAAGACUUGAUUCCCCUUUUAACCCUUUAGACCCACCACACACAUCUCACACAAGAAACCUUGUGACUGCAAAUCAUUAAACUGCACAUAAAAUAAGAUAUAGGAGCAGAACUAGGCCUUUCAGCCCAUCGAUUCUGCUUUGCCCUUUGAUCCCUCUCAGUCCCAUUCUCAUGCCUUCUCUCUGUUACUUUUGACCCCCUCACUAAUUAUGUAUCAGCCUCUGCUUUAAUAUACUCAAUGACUUGGCCUCCAGAGAUGGCUCUGGAAGUGAAUUCCACAGAUCCACCAUUCUCUGGCAAAAGAAUUUCCUCCUCAUCCCUGUUCUAAAAGGACAUCCUGACAUGCUGGAAAUUUGAAGCAAAAUCAGAAAUCAGCCUGAAAUUUUAAUUCUGUUUCUGUCUUCACAGAUGCUAUCUGGCCUGUUGAGUCUUUCUGCCAUUUUCUGUUUCAAUACUAGUGAUGAUGUUCACACACAAAAUUGACAUUUACUUUAUUUUGACAGCCUUGCUUGGUUGGAAUUAAGACAUCUUAUUAAUAAUUAAAAAGCUCUCCCUAGCAACUAACAUUACCCGGUAGACCUAGUCCCUCUUUUAACAGGGGUGCAGUUCUAUAGAUAUUAGUUGUCCACUGGUUAACUUAACUAGAGUCAACUGGGGAUUUGAUUUUUUAUAUACAUAGUGUAUGGAGCAGGACGCAGUACGGCUGUGGUAUUUAGUUCAUUGGCUAGGGGACUCGAUUUUAAAUAUCGUGUACGGAGCAGGACGCAGUUUAGCUGUGAUAUUCAGUUCACUGACCCGAAUCAGGUUUAAUAUCACGGCAUAUGUUGUGAAAUGUGCUGUUUUGCAGCAGGCAGUAUAUUGCAGAACAGAAAAUAAAAACGAUAAAUUACAACAAAUAUAUCUUGAAAAAAAUCAAAUAAGUAGUGCAAAGAGAGGGAAAAAUUCUCAGGAGGUGUUCAUGGGCCCAUUGUCCAUCUGAUGAUGGAGGGGAACAAGCUGCUUCUGAAAUGUUGAGAGUGUGUCUUCAGGCUCCUGUACCUCCUCCUUGAUGCUAGCAAUGAGAAGAGGGCACGUCCCGGGUGACAGGGGUCCUUUAUGAUGGAUACCACCUUUUGAAGGUGUUCUGGAUGCUGGGAGGCCAUACCCAUGAUGGAGCUGGCUGAGUUUACAACUUUCUGCAGCUUUUUCCAAUCCUGUGCAGCGGCGCCUCCACACCAGACUGUGAUGCAGCCAGUUAGAAUGCUCUCCAUGGUACAUCUGUAGAAAUUUGAGGGUUAGUACCGCUUGGAUUCAUACAGAGUCUGUUGAACUGGCUAAGAAGUGCUUAUACACACAAAAUGCCGUGUCCGUGCAAAACAGGUCUUUUGAUUCUAGACCCAGAUACAAGCUUAUUAUAGAAUAUUGUGAAAUAUUAUUUUUACUGAAAAAGAAAUUAGAGGUUAAAGUGUACCAAUGCUUAU